AUGGACGAGAGAAACAACACAAGCAGCAUCGAUAAAUUAGACACGGGAAGACAGCAGAACAAGGAAGGGGACAUUCCAUGUGAGGAAACGUGCGGGGUAAAGUCUGACAACCCUGCACAAGUUAAAGCAAAGCAGACGGACAGGCUUGUGGUGAAACGUACUGUCGAUAAACGCUUUGUGUGUACGGAGUGUGACUAUAGGACUGCCUCAAAGGCUAACCUAUUACGACACACUAGAAAACAUACAGGCGAGAAGCCCUAUAAAUGUGACCAGUGCGACUAUUCUGCUGCACUGGAAGACAAAAGGCAUCUAAAGAAACACCUGGACAAACACACUUCUUAG